GGCCGCGCCGUCCGGGCGCUGGAGCGACUGUGUCGCCAUGUCGGCUGCGGAGGCGGGAAGUGUCUUCCACAGGGCCCGGGGUCGGACCCUGGACGCGUUUCCCGCAGCUGUUGUCCAGAAGAGCCUGUGAUGCUGAAAGCUGCCUGGCCAAAACUCUUCCCCUUCCCCCCCACAUCUCUGCCAGUCUGAAGGGUUGCUGAUGAGGAUUUUGAAAAGGAGAAGGAAUGGAAGGGCCCAUUCUACUUCAUCCAAGGUGCUGACCCUCAGUUUGGGCUGAUGAAGGCCUGGGCCACCGGGGACUGCGACAGCGGCGGUGACGAGUGGGGGCAGGAGAUCCGCCUCACCCAGCAGGCUGUCCAGGCCAUCAACAAGCUCCGCCCCAAGCCCAAGUUCUUUGUCCUGUGUGGCGACCUCAUCCACGCUAUGCCAGGGACUCCCUGGCGGAAGCAGCAGACAGAGGACCUGCAGCGCGUGCUGGGGAUGGUGGACCAGGAGAUCCCGCUGGUCCUGGUCAGUGGCAACCAUGAUGUGGGCAACGUGCCGACGGCCGAGACAGUGGAGGAGUUCCGCCAGACCUGGGGUGAUGACUACUUCAGCUUCUGGGCGGGGGGGGUGCUGUUCCUGGUGCUCAACUCCCAGUUCCUGCACGACGCAUCCCAGUGCCCAGCGCUAAAGCUAGCCCAGGACCGCUGGCUGGAGCAGCAGCUGGCCGUCGCCCGGCAGCGCCAGUGCCAGCAUGCCAUCGUCUUCCAGCACAUCCCGCUCUUCCUGCACAGCAUCGACGAGGACGAUGACUACUUCAACCUCACCAAGGCUGUGCGCAAGGAGCUGGCCGACAAGCUCAUCAGAGCAGGUAUCAAAGCCGUGUUCUCUGGCCACUACCACAGGAACGCGGGGGGCACCUACCAGAACCUCGACAUGGUGGUGUCCUCUGCCAUCGGAUGCCAGCUGGGCAAGGACACGCACGGGCUCCGCAUCGUGGUGGUCACGGCAGAGAAGAUCGUCCACCGGUACUGCAGCUUAGAUGAGCUGACUGAGAAGGGCCUGGGGGGCGACCUCCUGGCGCUGAUGCAGGAGUGACCCCCGGUCCCCUCGCGCCUCCUCCCCCGCUGCGCCCCAGCCCCUCCUAUCGGGACAGCCCACGACGACCCCCGGACCACGCAGGACUACCACCCACCCCCACACAUCAAUCACAGCUCUGGCUCCCACCCGAGACCACGCCCUAAAUUGUGUCCCAAAUCAAACUGCCUGUCACGUGCAAAGAAGGGUCUGGAAAUACCUGAACUGUGACAACCUCAGACUCCCUGCUGAUCUUUGGGGAACUGCUCUGCCCCCAGGGGGUCCAGGUCUUCACCCCCCCCCCGCCCCCGCCUCCGUGGCAGCCUGACAGGGAGCACGCGUCUGUGGUUGUGCCGUGUGUGGCUGUGGGCCCC